GGCCGCUCCCGGCGGAAGGAGCGCGGCCGUGCUCCCCUCCCCUUCCGGCGGCCAUGGAGCCGGGCUGGGAGCUGCCCGAGGAGCCGGGCUGGGAGCCGGGCGAGCCGAGCUGGGCCCGGCCCGGGGCCGCGCUGGGCGGCCGGGGGCUGCUGGCGCUGGCCGUGGCUAGCGGCGCGGCCGUGUGGGCCACCUGGGCCGUGCUGCUGAUGCCCGGCUUCCGCCGCGUCCCUCUGCGCCUGCAGGUGCCCUACCAGCCCUCCAGCCCCCGGCAGGUGGCCAACACCCUGGCGCUGCUGCGGGGCCGCGCCGGCAAGACCGUGGACCUGGGAUCCGGAGAUGGACGGCUCGUGCUCGAGGCUUACAAGCAGGGGCUGAGGCCAGCCCUGGGCUAUGAGCUCAACCCCUGGCUGCUGUGCCUGGCCAACUACCGUGCCUGGAAGGCGGGGUACCACGGGAAGAUCUCCUUCCUGAAGAAGGAUCUGUGGAAGGUGAAUCUCUCUGACUGCCACAACGUGAUCGUGUUCCUGGCCCCCAGCGUGAAACCUCCCUUGGCCACCAAGCUCCUGGCAGAGCUGCCCGACGAUGCCCGGGUGGUGGCCGGACGCUACCCCUUCCCCUCCUGGCGCCCCAGCAGCACCCUGGGCCAGGGGCUGGACCAGGUCUGGGCCUAUGACAUCAAGGAGGUGCGGCGAGAAGUGCAAGGCAGCGCCCAGGAAAGCCAAGUCUGACCCCAGCCUCGUUAAGCCCGGUUUAACAGCAGCCUCCUUAAGCCUGGCAUUAAGGGUCAGAGCCUUGGCUCAGCUCAGGACAGAAGUGCUUGGCCAGCAUUUCUCCUGGGGACUUGCAGGGUGGCAGAUCUUCAUUUUUCCAGAGUGUGAGCAAAGCAAGGGAGGAGAAAAUCCGACCUGGAAAUCCUGGGGUUAGCGCGGGAUUGAAGGGAUGAAGCUCCAGUGCCUCUUUUUGGAUGAUUGCUGCUUUAUUUCAAUUUAAGUUUUAAAAAUAAAGUUUUGGUUGAUUGUUCCUCUGA